AUGGCCACGGUGCCGGCCACUUUGCCACCGAACUCUUCUUUGGAGGAUAUCAACCAGACCUUGCCUCCUUCCUCGUCGAGAUCCACUCCUCUGCCUCCUCACUCGCAGGUGGCGUCGAUGUUCAUCGUGCUGGUGGUCACGGUCAUCAUACUGGGGACUGUGGUGGGGAACGUGCUGGUCGUUGUGGCGGUUUUCACCAGCCGAGCCCUGAGGCCGCCUCAAAACCUCUUCCUGGUGUCUCUGGCUUCGGCCGACAUACUGGUGGCGACACUGGUCAUCCCCUUCUCUUUGGCGAACGAGGUCAUGGGCUACUGGUACUUUGGAUCCACCUGGUGCUCCUUCUACCUGGCUCUGGACGUCCUCUUCUGCACUUCCUCCAUCGUUCACCUCUGCGCCAUCAGCCUCGACCGCUACUGGUCGGUCACUAAAGCCGUCAGCUACAACCGCAAACGGACGCCCAAACGGAUUAAAGCGAUGAUCAGCAUCGUGUGGCUCAUAUCCAUCGUCAUCUCCUCGCCGCCGCUCCUCAUGACGCAGAAGGAGGACGUUUUGGGGACGGAGGAGGAGGAGGACAGCGACACACAGAGGCAGGAGUGCAAUCUCAACAACCAGACGUGGUACAUCCUCUCCUCCUGCAUCGUGUCCUUCUUCGCCCCGGGCGUCAUCAUGAUCCUCGUGUACUGCAAGAUCUACCGCGUUGCCAAGCAGCGAGCCUCCACCGUGUUUGUGGCGAAGAACGCGGUGGAGCGGCAGCCGUCGCAGUCCGAGACCUGUUUUGAAGGCACUGCCAGGACUUGCCAAAGAAAGGCUACCGGUUGCGGUAAAUCCCAGUAUGAGCUGGAGAGCCCACGGCCCGCCAACCGACACAGCUCUUCCAACGUAGACAGCAAAAGCAGCAGCCACAGGGGGGGGGAGCUGGACGAUAUCGACUUGGAGGAGAGGAGCUGCGACGCCGACAUGAAAGCAUCCUCCUCGUUUUCCCUGGCUCUUCGCUUCCCAAGGAGAUCCGGCGCAAGUGUGAAAACAGAGGAGCGGAUGGACGCAGAGGGGCCGUCAAACCGAUUGAAGCCUCCCCCUCUUCAUCCUCCAUCGUGCGCCUCCAUAUCAUGGGCAUCAUCCGAGAACUGCUCCCACCACUACCUCAUCCCGUCCCCGGUGCCUCUCCGCAGCAGGCAGAUGUCUCUGUCCAAAAACAAAGUGGCACAGAUGAGGGAGAAGCGCUUCACGUUUGUGCUGGCGGUGGUGAUGGGGGUCUUUGUCCUGUGCUGGUUCCCUUUCUUCUUCACUUACAGUCUCCACGCCGUGUGCAGAGAGAACUGUACGAUCCCCGACACACUCUUCGACCUGUUUUUCUGGAUCGGAUACUGCAACAGCUGCCUGAACCCCAUCAUAUACACCAUCUUUAACCGAGACUUCAGGAGGGCCUUCAAGAAGAUUUUAUUUCACACUCAUAAACGAAAAUAA